UCACCCCUCUUAUCAAUAUCCUUUUCCCUCUUCUUCUUCUUCUUCCUUCUCCUCCUUCCUCCUCUUCUUCCUCUCCAGAUGCUACCAAGAACAAGCAAUAUCUUUCACCUUGAUGAGGGGAGAGAAAGCAGCGAGCUUUACACCAUUAAUGGAGUCUCAGUGAGAGAAGCAAGGGAAGGCAAGCUUGUUGGCCUUAGAAUCCUCACACAACAGCACCAAGGUAGCAAAUCCAACGUCGUCAUCAUGUCAUCUGUGAAGCCUUGGAAGAAGAAACCGGAGGCUCAAAGUCGCCAUUUUUGCUCUGAAAAUUUCCUUCAGUCAUGCUUUCUGUGCAAGAAAAAACUCAGCCUCCAAAAGGAAGUCUACAUGUAUAGGGGUGAUCAAGGAUUUUGCAGUGCAGAGUGUCGCUGCAAACAAAUUUUGCAAGAUGAGAGAAGUUAGUUUUGGAUCCAAUCAACAAAAAGAGAGCUUUUCAAGGUUUCUUCUCAGCUGUUGCAGCAAUAUUGCAAUAAUAUAUAUGAUCUAUCUUUUGCAUUUCUACCCCGAAUUUAAUACAGCUCUUGCAUUAAGACUAAAAUUAA